AUGUUUGAUCCACCCGAUUAUCCCUAUAAAGAACUAACUGACCACCUCAAAGAAAACUAUGAUACUGAUGAUUUACUCUUUAAUAACGUCUCUGAUGAUACUGAAAGAGUAGAUAAUUUAUCUAUAAUUAACAAUGAACUAAUCACAGUAACAGAACAAAUAAUAUCUAACGUGGAAAAUGACCUAUCUUAUCAUUCUAACGACUCUGGUAGAUACUUCAAUAUCGAGAAUUUGCAGUACCUAGACGGAAACCAGCAGAACGUUGAAACUAACAACUCUCACCUCUAUUUUGUUCAACCUGAUAGUAUAUUUAAUUAUGAACCCACUCUUCUAGAUGAAAAUACUGUUAAUCAAUUUCUCUUACCACUACAAAAUUCAUCAGAUAAAGACAAGAAUAUAGAGACUAAAGGACCAGACAUUUUAGCUUUACACUCUUGUGUGAUGUGUCACGAGAUUUUUACUUCGGAUGCAGAUCUUUUAGAUCACACUAUAUCAAUGCAUGCGUCUAUGGACAUACAUGAUCAAAAUGGUACAGAUGAUCAAAAUAAUGGACCAGUAUUAACUAAGGAGAACAUCACGAACAGUCACAGCGAAGAAGUAAAUAACAAUAAGAUCGACUUUGAAUUAGAUUGGCUUGUGUGCAGUUUAUGUGAACGUGUCCUUUCUACCGCGUUAGAAGUAGAACCAAUUGAACAAUUAUGUUGCAAGGACAGCUACGGCAAAGGAAGAGUUGCCUCCCGCAAGUUGCUUACGAUGUUCGUCUGUGAUACUUGUAAUGGUUUGUUUGCUGAAGGUGAUGCAUUAGACAGGCAUCGUCUUCAAUGCUUUCCAAAUAAACCACAAGACUGUUUAAUAAACGAUAUGGUGGAGCGCGACGACCAUAGGCGUACACACACGGGGGAGCGGCCCUUCGCGUGCUCCGUCUGCCCGAAGACGUUCACCGCUGCCGCACGCUUGCGUGAACAUGCACGCAUCCAUACCGAUCAAAGAUACCGCAUAGAAACUAGCGCUUCCACGGGCAAGUCAUCGAAACAGGAUGCUAAAUAUUACUCUAGUGAUAUGUAG